CUGAAACCCCACAAAUGUUGAGACAAGAGUUUAGAUUGGCACGAGCCCACUAAUGUGCUUCAUGCUCAGUGAAAGAAAAUCAGCAACGAAGGGUGGGCGGUGAUUGCUGUAUAUUGCUUUAAUUCACACACUUUUUUUUUCUGGAACAAGAAUUUGCUUCUGUUAAGCGCCAAGAUGUCGGCGCAUGACCAAAUGAAGAUGCUUCUUGAUCAGCUAAUGGGCACAACACGAAAUGGAGAGACGCAUGAGCACCAGAUCAAGUUCACAGAUCCCAGGGUUUGCAAGAGCUUCUUGCUGGCAUGCUGCCCUCAUGAGAUCCUGUCAUCCACGCGUAUGGACUUGGGAGACUGCCCAAAUGUUCAUGAUGUGGCACUUAGAGCUGAUUAUGAAGCUGCUGUCAAGACCAAAGACUACUACUAUGAUAUUGAUGCAAUGGAGCAUCUGCAGUCAUUCAUCAAUGACUGUGACCGCCGUACUGAGUCAUCCAAGAAGCGCUUGGAGGAGACGCAGGAGGAGCUCAGCGCUGAGGUUGCUGCCAAGGCCAACAAAGUGCAUGACUUGGCUGAGCAGAUUGGACAAAAACUUGCCAAAGCUGAGCAGUUGGGAGCCGAUGGCAUGGUGGAGGAGAGCAUGAAGUUGAUGGAGGAAGUAGAAGACCUGCGCAAGCGUAAAGCAACAGCAGAGCAGGAGUACCGCAACAGCAUGCCUGUCUCCAGCUACCAGCAGCAGAAGCUACGUGUCUGUGAAGUUUGUUCUGCUUACCUCGGCAUCCACGACAAUGACAGGCGGCUGGCUGACCACUUUGGCGGCAAGCUCCAUCUUGGCUUCAUCAAAAUUCGUGAAAAGCUUGAGGAGUUGAAGACAAAACCUGACUAUUGUGUACAGAGACAUCACCUCAGUAUUGUGUGCAGAGAUCGCGAACGUCAGGACGACCGGCGCUCUGACCGCCAUUACGGGAGCCGCGAUGAUGACCGCAGAGAUCGCCGGAGACAUCGGCGGUCGCGAACACGUUCACGAUCCCGUGACAGGGAUCGUCGGCGCCGUCGAUCGCGAUCUCGAGACCGACGCAGUAAUCGAUCGAGCAGCAAACCCCACGACAGCAGCAGCAGGAGAUCGGCAGCCGAGGGGCGCGAGGGCAGCAACGACCGACGGAGCGAGCGCUCAAGCCCCAACGGCGCGGCGCCUGGUGAAGGAAACUCGCAAAGCAAAAGGUAUUCGACGAAGCACAGCUCACCGCCCUCCUCUGGCACCACUAACGAGGAGUGGUUCAUGUAGCAAGCUUGUUCUCGUCUACGUUAAUGUAUCUGUGUCAUCUGUGAACUUGUUUCCAUAUAACCAUCACAAUUAAUGUUUUCGUCUUGGCUGUUGACAAGGUUAUGAAAUUCAGCCAUUUUGCUCGGUCAUUAAAUUAUAUCAAGGGAAAUUGCGUCAAACUUGAUGGGUUCUAUGCUUGUAUAUUCGCUAAUAUCCUUGAAUGGAUUUAAAUUCAGAAGCUGUUUGUUGCGAUGUUGGUCAAAAAAUAACGUAUUUAAAGUUUUGCAAUGUGUGGAUUUGGCAAUGGCUGUCGUUCGCCACUAUGAUUAGUGUCGACGUUUCAAAGUUGAAUUUGUUUGGUUACCCGUUAGGUAAUGGUUGUUAAUGUUGUAAUUUGUGACAAACUUUAUUACAAUUAUCAAUUAGCUCGCUUGGGACAAGCAAAUGCUAGUAAAUAUGGAUACACAUUGUCAGAUAAAUUAUUUCAUUCGUGAAUAAUCAAACACCCGGAAAAAUUAUUUUCCUCAAUUCAAAUCUUUUGUGUCGUAUAAUCAAAUGAACACAAACAGGGCAGCUCCAGAUUUGCUUUGUUAUUAAUUGGAGAAUAAUUUAUUUGCUUUACGAUGGAUUGGGUAAGCCGUUGGCAAACAAACGCUGAGUGACGAUUAUUUCAAGAUCUGAUCAUCAAUGUUGAGCUUGCAUUCACCGCGCUGCUUGUAGGUAAUCUUUGUAGGGUUUCCCUGAACUGGACUGUUAUUACUUGACCUGCGCCAUAAAUUUGUAAUGCAAUUGGCAAGCUUGUAAGUCGUCUCUACGAUUGAUUCCAGGUUUGUGUAUUGGGCAGUAAAUGGGCACCAAUUGAUCUGAAAUAACUAAGUGUUCUUGAUGUGAGUAAUGCAUCCUAGAUAAUUGUUGUUAUUAUUUAAACAUGUUUUGGUUCCUUGGAACAUUCUAGUUCUCGACCAUUUAACCCUCGUAGCAACAGGGACAUGUUGCAGGGCUUCAACUUGCCAUUUCCAUUGAUGAAUUAAAUUUAAUUCCCUUGCAUUUCCAUUAAUGCAGUUGAUUGCAGUUAUCAGUAAUUGUCUCCAUGACUAUUAAAUACUUCUGAGCGUAUGUGCUACUUUAAAGUGCUGCUUAUGAAGUCGCUUUUAGUACACUAUUGUCUACUCAUAAGAAUGCAUCAACUACAUGCAGCUUAAAAGGAGUGUUAAAGAAGGAUUACAGCUCUUUAUCAUGAAUCCUUAGGUUGCCAAUAAGGUUUAUUAAUUCAAGUGUGACAUGGGCGGAAAUUUCCCGCAAGUUUUGUGAGGUAAACUUGUUUUGGGCGUCGAAAUUUCGAAUUGAAACUCAUUUAGACUUGACAUUUUUUCGUGUUCAUACUGAAAAGCUAAUUUAUAGAUUUUUCAUGCCAUAUAAUAUUAUUUUAUUCAUUUUUUACUAUCAUUCUAGCAUGUUUUAGCUUUGUACCAUUCCAAAUGAGAUUUUAAUUUCAUUUAGUAAUUAUAUAGCAUCUUUCUUCAUUUUAUUUCUUAUUGACCAGUAUUCCAUCGAUCACGUCGUUGUUCUACCCAUUUCAAAAACCGAUUUCCAAUUCAUGAAUGCAAUUCCAUCCAAUACGCGAUGUUUGAAGUGUGCUUCAGUCCGAAAGAAACGUUGAUGAACA